AUGAAUAUACAACAUAUAAAUGUUGUCUGCAGUGCCAUUGUUGACCUGUUUAGUGAGAUAAGAACACUCGACUCAAUUGAACGCAACGACGUAGGCAAGCAGUGGUUCCGUCACAGUGGGGGCACAUGUUCAGCUCACCCCCUCUUCGACACCUCCAACGACCAGCACAACACCUGCCUGGUCUCCAUUGACAUCUGCUGCCUCGCCGAACUGAGGAAACAGAAAUGUCUUUUAGGCAGGAAGAAGGCCUUGUCUGGAGAGCCAUGCCGUGCCAUGCACGAAGAUUCCAAUGAAUGUUGCAACUGCUGUAGCUUGGGAUUGAAGUCCCGAGAGACUAGGAACUCCUGCCCGAAGCUUCCACGCACGAAACUCUUCACGUGCCAGUGCAGGGAAUCCUACAUCAGAUGCUGCAACUAUGGACUCCAAAACAAAACGAAAGUCCUGGAAAGGUCCAAAUAUGACAUCGCUGAUCCCUGCCUAACAAGCCAACACAACUGCACUUGGAAGGAACGAUGUUUGUUCAAGAAGAGUUCAAAGACAUUCAUCUGCCUGCCCAUCGCAUCGGAUGCCAACAAGCAGCUGAACAUGGAUGGGACGAAUGUCGUAACGAGCAGCCAGAAAGGAAAGCACAAAAAACAUCCACACCACCACAAAUCAUCUUCAAACAACAACAACUUGAGAGCUGGUGCUAACGAUGUCACCGUUGCUGGUGAACUCGAAAUCAGCAAAUCUCUUGAUCACUCGGCAACGAACAAGAGAGCUCGCGGUAAUGAAGGUGAGAAAAGGUGGAGCCGAUCUUCUAAACAUCAAGCAGCCUGCAGGGCUGGCUUCCAAUUCAAUGAAGAUACUUCAACGUGUCAAGAUAUCAACGAGUGCCUGUCUCACAUCAACCCAUGCAAAGAAAGGAGCAUGUGCCUGAACACUGAAGGAAGUUACGAAUGCCUUUCCAGCAUGGUCCACGACUCCUCCUCCAUCGACCUCCGACACGUGAGUCUGCAUAACAAAGGUCAACACGAUUCGCGGUAUGAUAUUCAGGUUGAUAACGAAGAACAAUUUUUAAAGAAAAAAAAUAAAGUUCUCCAAAAACACGAACACGAUGAUCGUUACGACAGCAACGGUCACUACUACAACAAUGGCGUCGUUAAUGACGACCACAACUCAAUAGCAGCAUCGUCGUCGUCGUUGUCACCAUCGGCUGCAGCAACUACACCAAAUUAUAUUAAUGUUCAUCUCUACGGCAAAGAACAUUUUAAUCUCAACAACUACGAAAAUGAUAAAAAUGAUGAAGUCGUUGUGGAGAAAGAUGGCGAGAAGUUGAAUGCGUGCGGAAGUGGGUUCGUAUGGAGCGAAUCAAGUGGGCGCUGCCAAGACGUAGAUGAAUGUGAAACAAUAAGAUGCCCUUCUCUCCACAUGUCGUGCAGGAACAAUCCCGGAAGCUACCUGUGUGUCUGCAAUGAGGGCUUCAAGUUCAACCCCAGGUCAAGGUCAUGUGAAGACACGGACGAGUGUCAGACCGUGACACACAACUGCGAAGCACAGGAAACAUGCGUCAACACAGUUGGAUCAUUCCAAUGCACAUCAGCCAUGCAGCAGUGUGCCAAGGGCUGGCUGUGGGACGAUCAACUUCAGCAGUGCACAGAUAUCAAUGAGUGCGAAGCGAGACAGCACAACUGCAAGUCCGACGAGAUGUGUCAGAACAGUUUGGGCUCGUUCGUCUGCGUCAGGUACGAAUGCGACGCUGGCUUUGAAUUCAACGAAGAGAGCAAAGGAUGCGAUGAUGUUGACGAGUGUGAAGCAGGCAGGCAUACUUGCAGUGCCAGACAGACGUGUGUCAACCUGGUAGGAUCGUACGUCUGCCGGAAUGAUUCCGCAUGUCCCACCGGGUACUUCCACAGCGUCAUUUUGAAUAUUUGCCAAGAUGUGAACGAAUGUUCCGACUCCUCUCUGCACAACUGCACCAAGCCGAACAUGCUGUGUCAGAACAGAGAUGGGGGUUUCACAUGCACCUGCCUGGCGGGCUACACUUAUCAUCAGUACUCGCAGAUCUGUGUUGAUGUUGACGAGUGUUUGGAAGCGGUCCAGCGAGGCAUCCACAUCUGUCCAGCUGAUUCCACGUGUGAGAACAAACAUGGAACGUUCACCUGCGUCUGUCCGCCUGGUUUCUUCUACGACGAAUCAACACAAACUUGCAUAGACUUCGAUGAGUGUGCCAUUGGAUUGCACGGGUGCGAUCAGGCUUGCCAGAACUCGUGGGGCUCGUACUACUGCACCUGCAGACCUGGCUAUGUACUCAAUUGGGACGGACGCACCUGUACAGCCGGCCACGCCUCACCAUCGUUACAAUCCUACACUGACUGUCCAGCUGGUUACACCAUGAACCAUCUUGACGGCGAAUGCUAUGACACAGACGAAUGUAAGGAGCAAAGACACACGUGUCCUUUGGAAACACACAUGUGUGUGAACACUGAUGGAAGUUUCUACUGCCAUCCAAUUGUCUGCCCUGCUGGCUUUCACAGACUGAUGGAUGGAAGGAUGGAUGGAUCGAGGAAAUAUUGGAUGAAUGUCGAUAGAGAGAAUUCAAAGGACCAGGAAGAACACAAUUUUAUUGAAACCCCAGAACAAGUGGUGAGUAAUCGUAAUGAUGCUGAUAACUUCUUCUAUCAAAAUGAUUCACCUGAUGUUUCUUCAUCAUCGUCGUCGUCGUCGUCAUCUAGAAUGAAACGAGUAAAACGAUUUUUGCAUAGCAAGAGCGCUAAUAAAGAUGAUUAUUCCAAAAAUAUCAACAGCAAAAACCGCAAGAAACUCAUCAAUUUUUUCUACAACAUCAGCAACAACAUCAGCAGCAACAACACCAAGAGCAACAGUGCCAGCGAUUCAAGCGGAGUGGUUUGCAAGAAGAAGAAGUGUGGAAGGAGCAGCCGACCGUCGGAUGUCGCUUGUAGAAGCAACAGUACACUAUCCAUUCAAUGGAACCAGAUGAGCCUGGCUUCGAUUCCCCAGUUGAGCACCGCCACCACCAUCAUCAACAUUCAACCUGAAAAUGUCGACAGGCGGUUGUCUUAUGAGUUCCUUCUAGUCAACACCAGAUUACUUUCCGGUAAAGAUAAUGGCAAUGCAAACGAUUUGUUUCAGAUUCACAAAGUUUCAGACUGGUUUGGAGAUAAAGGUGAAAUAUACUUGCUGAGGUCCAUAAGAGGUGCCGCCACGUACGAGCUGGAAAUAUCGCUGAAGACUUACUUGAAGAUGUAUUCGAAUAUGAAAUCUGGAUACUUGUCCGAACAUCUGAUGCACAUCAUAAUUUACGUAUCCACGUUAACUCUUUAA